AUGCGGCCGUUUACGAUCGUAUCAGGUCGCCCUAAUGUUCGACCUGGGAAAAUAUCCAAGAAUAAUAGCGGUAUGUUAAACAACAAUACAGUUUUUGGAAACAUUCAUGAUGGUACAAGUAAAUUCAAUGAAUCAAAUGUUAUUGAAUCUUUAAUAAAUAUCGAUGAUAUUAUCAAACAAAAAGAAUUUUCAAAAGAUCUUAUUAUCAUUGAAUUAGAAAUCGAUCGAUGUACUGUUAUACAAGAAGAUGAAGAUGCAGAAAAUAAAAAUGACAGUGAAGAAAAGAAAGAUGAUGAUAAAAAGAAAGAGAUUAAGUACGAAAAGCAACAUAGUGUUGUGAACUCAUCGAUCACUUCUCUAUCAUUUAGUGCCACUGAAAAGUUUCAAACAAUAACACCUUUCGAAAAUUACCUUAUUAAUGAGCUGCAAUUGGUCAAUAAAAAAAUUAUAUUCAAUAGACAAGCGAUUCAAACUACUAGACAAACGGCUGAGUCGCAUAGAAAAACAAUCGGCAGUUACAUAUGA